AUGAAUGCUGAAUUGCUGAAAGCUGUGCUGUUAAAUGAUCUGAGGUUAUUACAAGGGUGUAUAGAGAGAGGUAUUGAUGUUAAUGAAGUGGAUGAGAAUGGAACGUCUCCGUUACAUUUAGCAAGCUUUUAUGGAUAUCAUCCAAUUGUGAAUGCGCUUAUUGAUACACGUGCAAGAGUUGAUGCACGUGAUCGAGAAUGGUUCACACCGCUUCAGAGGUUUGCUUAA